GAGACUUUACUAGUUAUUUCUUAGCUAUUUGUGUUGUUUUCAAGAUAUACAACUUCGAAAGAUGGAAGACUACCCCCAAAAAAUGAAGCUUCUCCGCGAGCUAUACGAUAAGAUUAGAAACGGUGAGGAUGUUCAAGAAGCUGAUUAUAUCAACGCCGGCAUUAAGAAUAAGGCCCGUCUUAAAGACAUCGAAAAGGAAAUCAGCAGCACCAAAAAGAAGGUUUCCCAUUGCAUUAAACAAGAAAUAGCUCAACAGGAGGAAGCUGAAUUAGUUCAAGUUGCUAUGCGAGAAAAUUUGACGAUUGAGGAACUCAAGGAAAAACUUCAGGAAAAAGAACGCAAUAUUGAUAUUAGUAGUUCAGAUAGGACUCUUCGUCAUAGACAACAAAGGAAGGAUAUUGCUGAUGCACGAAAUAAUAAAACUAAACAGUAUGAGAUGGCUACAGGCGAACACAAUCUUUAUGUUGAGUACAUUUAGUAUAAAGAAGAAAUCUCUUCGUAUGAAUUCUGCCCUUUUCAUAUUUACUAAGGUUCUACAUUCUUAAUACUUGUAAUCAAUAACUUUACCUAAAAAUGUUUUAUCUGUAGUGGUGAUCUCUUUUUUGAUUAAAAAUUAAUCAGAUUGACACACUGCCAACCGAUUAAA